AUGGAGCUGAUUCAGCCACAAAAAAGUCUCCCCGGGAGCAAGUUGCAAGAAUAUGUUCAGGCACUAAAGGUCAUCGCACAGCAACGGCCUGAUGACCUUGAGGCACGGCGUCGAUCUCAAACCGCUACAGAUCUGUAUCAUGAAAGCUGGCCGCACCACGACGUCCCAAAACCCCUCACAGUACCCAACCCAGCAGAAACUAGCCGACCAAAAGUUUGGAUUCCCAGUCUACCCACCGAAAUUUACGAAAUCAUUUUCGAUCUUAUCGUUGCCGAAUAUCCCAGUACCAAAGUGGAAAACGAAAGGCGAGUCAGGACUUUGGUAUCUUUGACCUGUUCCUGUCGGCUAUUUCAGAUAAUCCUCGAAAUGUAUUUGUAUAAGCACCCACGGAGUUGCAGGCUCUCUUGGGUUCAAUAUUACAACUUGCUAUUUCGGUUCUCUUUGACCAUUGAGCCACGACGGGCACUUCUCGUCCAGUCACUAUCUGUCAACGUUGAACACAAGCUAUGUCCGAAUCUCAGUCACUUGGAGGUAUCCAAGUCCACUGGUUGGCUUUCUAGCCCUGACCUGGAAUACUUGGGGCAUCUUUUCAGUGUCUGCCCCAAGGUUACGAGGUUUAGCCUCAAAGUAAGGACAAUUACAGGCAUCAGCUUCGCGAGUGAAUCCAGCGAGCGGUUCUCAAAGUUUUGGAAUCAGCUCACGCAUCUCGAGGCACUUUGGUAUCCAGUAACAUCAGAGAUAAUUGAGCUAUCUAAGCGAUGCCCGUCACUCCAACGGCUGAAGAUGGACGGCGAUUGUACAGCUACUGUAGAGAGUCUCUUGAAUGCAUCCCUGAUAUGGGGUAAGACUCUGAAAACAUUAUAUGUAAGCGGAAUCAGAAAGACUCAGAGCAACAGCGCUAUAUAUCAGCUUAUGGAACGUCUACCGGUCGUCGAGGAGUUCUUUCUGUGCAACGAAUCACAAAUGACUUCAACAAUUCAUGCUCUGACUCGCCUAAGUUCACCACGUCUGAAGCGUUUCAAAGGGAUUCACUAUGAUCAUACCGGCAACCGCAUUGCCCCCGCGGAACUAGAGACAGCCAUAUGUGAUAUGAUUGCCGCUCACGCUGGUACUCUGGAGAGUAUCAGUCUUUUCAGCGAGUGCGAUCUCAGCAUGAGUGUUUUGGAGGAAGUUAAAAAGGCAAAGAAGUUGAAAUUUGUCAACUUGCUGUUGCCUCGGGUUCUGACUGAUGACGAGCUUGAAGGUCUAGUAGCAGCAUGCCCCAAGCUUGAAGGCUGCAGUCGCAAUUUUUACAGGAUGACCCACCAAAGAAAGUAUUCAGAGAUUGUGUGGCCUUAUUUAGACGAUGAAAGCCAUGAUAACUGGGAAGAGGAUCCAAAGUAUGGUAGCUGGGGUUUUAUUCCUGAUGUCAAAGAGGAAAGCGGGCCAGAGAUACUGCAGUGGGCUUUUUGGGAUUAA